AACGUCAGAGCAGAGCGGUUUCCGACGUUUAAGAGCAUUGAUUGCCCACCAUGGCCAUUACGCCGACCCAAUUUGCUAAGAAGACGGCGCAGUCGGCCAAUUGGUCCGACGCCAAGCGUCGAGUACUUUCCUCCUACCGAGAAUGGAUUCGAGCUGCCCCCGAAGUCCAAACCAUGUACAACAUGCCCAUGCCCGUUUCCACCAUCAGAACUCGUAUGCGACAAGAAUUCGAGCGACAACGAUUUGUGAACAAGCUUUCCGUUGUUGACGUUCUUCUAUUCAAGUCCCACGCCGAAUACCAGGAGACCAUGAACUUCUGGAAGCAGACCAACCAUAUUAUGGCCUACUUCAAGGAGGAGAACUUCCGAGGUGACAAGCGACUACCAAGCAGCUUCAUGACUGGCUUCCUCGAGGGUCGCAACUAGAUUUGGACAACCAGGGGCUUGUUUGUGUAAAUAUCUCAUUGAAAGGAAUUCCUAAAAAACGCCUCUAUUUCCAUUAUGCUUCCUGUGAAUAUAACCACUUUUAAAGACCCUGGGCAUUGGGCUUUCAGAUUCAUCGAUCAAUGCCCUGCUCAGCAUUAUAGGCCUCUCUCUUGGUCCAGAACUCAUCGGCAACCACGUCGCAUACUUCCUGGAUGUCGACCAAGCCCUUCUUGAGCGCAUCGACUGCAGUACCACCUAGAAAGUUGUUAGCAGGCUCAGCAUCACAGGCAUCGUGUAUGCAUACUGUAUGUCUGAAUUCUGAUGUUCAUCUUAGGUUCUGAAGGGUGAGGAAUCGAGUACGCGCAGAACUCAACGUCAGGGCUAUAGUGCUGUUAGUAAGACCCUUGUAGAAAUUUUUGGAAUGCGUACUUCUUCAUGAUGAUAUAUCUCAGAGCAUU